CAGAAGAAGAAGAGGCGUAGAAGAAGAAUGUAACGUAGAAAAAAAAGGGCUACAGUACUAUCGUCGCGUCAGACGAUUAGCUACUAGUAAAACACUGUAAAACGACUGACAGUCCACCUCUGUUUUCAGCAUUACGAAACGGUGUACGUUGUCAGCAAUGUAUAUUUGUCCGUUGUUUACACGUUGAAGCCUCUCUCGCAGCGCUGAUAAUGCUGAAAAUGAAGCUACCGAUGAAAACGGGCGAGGAAGGAGGCGACGGAACCGCCGAGGACGGUUCAUUAUUGGACCGGUCGGAGCACCAACAUAUUCCACGGGUGGUACCUCCUCCUUCAGUGUUCGGCGGACUGGCUGACUCGCCCACACCUAGUGUGUGUCCAUCCCAGCUGGACAAGGAGACUGUUUUCGAGUGGUUUGGCCUAUAUCUAAACCCCGCUAAGCGAAUUGAGUUCAUGUGCGGGCUGUUACAUAUGUGCCAGCCACUGGAGCUCCGCUUUUUAGGGUCUUACUUAGAGGAUCUCGCUAGGAAAGACUACCAUGUUUUAAGAGACUUUGAGUUUCGGGCAAAUAGUCCAAGUGAUUUGGGAGUUUUAACGGACGUCAUUGAUCCAGUGGUUAGGUCCAAACUCCUGGUCUGCCUGUCCCUCCUCGGGUCUGAAAGCAGGGAAUGUGCUGGAAUACUCUUUCGGAUACUGAGCCAUGUAGACCCGGCCUUGUUCUACAAAAAAUAUGAUUACACCCUUCCUCCAUUCAUGGACCCUCACCACCACUCGUUUCACCAACCAUGCCCUGACAAUGUGUACGGCCGGUCUGAGCAGACCUGCGACUUCUCCACUGACGAAACAGCGGCAGGACCUCUGGAGCAGUUGUCGCUGCUUUUUGCCAUGGCCUCUCUCCACCCAGCUUUCCAUUUCCACCAACGGGAGAUGGUCCGGGGGCAGCUUGACAAAAUAGAACUUGCCAUAAAGGAGGAGAGACGUCAGAGUCAGCUUAGAAUAAACGCCCAGAUAACGGAGCUGACGGGUCAGGAGACGGAUUACCUGCCUUCCCCAGCACUGGAUUUGGGGGAAUGUACAGCCUCCCAUUCUCCCUGCCAGAGCCGCCGCUCCAGCCGCUGGGCAACACAAAGAGAAGCAGUGCAUAUAGAGGGAAUCGUGCUCAGGGGCAUCUCUCGGACCAGGAUGGACAAGGAAUACAACUUUGAGGUGAAAUGGUCAGACUCUUCUUCUAGUAGUGUGACCAAAACCCAUCUGGAACUGGAGAAUUUCCUUCUUAAGCUUCCUAAGGAUCAGUGUACUGAGUCUUUUGAGAAGAGCAUUCUGAGGCUUCUGAACCAGGGGGACCGCAAUGAGAGCAGGGAGGUGGAGAAGAACCUCAGGGAAAGGUUCCUGUCUGCUCCUCCAGUCUUCAGACAGACCAGAAAGGUCUGCAGCUUCUUCAAUUGUGACUCCAGUUACUCUACAAAACCUACUUGCUGCAGAUGCAAAUGCCAGCUGGGUAAGGCCUACCAAGGAGACUGUUCUGAUGCCUCCAGUCAGGAGGAAGAUUCGUAUGCUCAAGGACACAAGAAGAAACACGGGACCAAGAGUCCAUGUCAAGGUCACUCUAGUGCGAAGGGCUCCCACGGAGAUAGUCGGAGAGGGGGCCAUGCUGCAGAGCUCAAUGGUCCAGCAGAGAGGAGGAAGAGCUGUACACUGAGGGGCAGCCAGGAGGUUGAACAGCACCAGGACACUGAGAAGAGAAGCCAUCCAGUCACUAAAACAAAGAACAGGGGCCUGCCCACAGACAGGGACAAGGGGAAGGGUGCUGCCUUUAUAGCCAACGGUAGGUUGGUACCAGGUCUGUCGCCUCAGAGGAAGAAUGGAGAUUUUGGUCCAGAUACCUUUGGUGACACGUCAUCAGAAAGCUACAGCUCUCCAUCCAGCCCUCAACACAGAGGACAAGAGAGCCUGGAUAGUGAGGACGACAACAACAAAGAUACAGACAGCCACUCCGAUGACUCCAGCAAAGGCCCGGGCCCCGACAUGUUCUUCGCCCACCAGACUGAUCGAACUGUCCACCCUCUGUCUGCCAACAACCACCCGGGCCAGACGGAGCCACUCUUCUUAGAGACCAGCACAAACCCCCCCCCUCUCUCCUUCAUGCAAGAUGUGUGUUAUGUGCUCCCUAACGGUGCUGCUGACUCUCCACUUCCACUGCUCCCUCCUCCCAGCCAAAGCAUCGUCCCCGAUAGGAAGCCCUCCUCUGGGACCCUGAUGAUGCAGAGGCCCCUAGUGCCUCCAGCUGUCCCAGGCCCUGGAAUUGUGGCAGACCCAGAAAAGAUGGACAUGCUCCCAACCUUUGGGAUCCCACCUAUUGCCCUCCACGCUUCAGGAAGUCCUGCUGUGCAGCCUCUGGUUCAGAGGUUCAAAACGGCUUUGCCUCACAGUCAAGGUGGCACCGAUGGAGCUUCAGGGAGUGGUUCUAAUCCUGCUGCCCUGCAGGCUUCACACCAUGCUCCUGUCAGAGCCAUCGGUGUCAUGUCUCCUGGCCCCACAUCCUACUCCUCUCCUCUUCAUCAGUCUCUGCCCUGCCAAGACUCGGCCAGUGCCAGUUCAGUCCUGGCCUCCUCUCUGCCACAUGCGGAGACUUCACAUGCCAAGCACCCCGGCUUAACCUUACCAUCUGGACUGCCUUCUCCCUACACCCUGCCCCCUGGCCCUACCUCUGCCAUGCCUACUGUAGGAGCACCUGCAGCCUCUGGAAUAGCUCCAUCUCCUGGACAUGUACAAUCAGCUGUUCCUCUAGCCGUGCCCACCCACACCCCUGGACCUGCCCCCAGCCCCAACCCAGCGCUCACGCACAGCACGGCCCACAGCGACUGUACAUCCUACAGCAACAGCAGUGCUUCCUGUGGAAGUGCCCCUGUUGCCCCUGGCAACCCUAUUACUCUCCAGCAAACCCAGCAGCAACAAUUGCCCCCCCAGCAGCCAACGCCACCACAACCACAGCAGCAGCAGCAACCUAUGGGCUGUGGGACCUGUGGUUGUCACAACAACUGCGGUGGCAGAGGCAGCAACAGCAACAACAACAGUGUGGGGGGUGUCCCUGGCUGCCAAGCCCCCUUGUUCUUCUCCCACCAGAUGGCGGCGGCAGCAGCACGCCAGGUGUUCAGCGUCCCACCCCCUCUCUUCCAGCUCACAAGCCUGUGCAGUAACAGUUACCUCACCCAGGCCCAGCCUCCUCACCAGGCCAACGGUGCUGCCACCCUCCCCCCCUUCUUCCCCACUGCUCCACCUCCUGCACACCCAUCCCCCUACGGCCCCCUCCACACUCACUCUCACAGCCACGCAGACGUGCCAUCACAUAUGCUGGGCACCCAGGCGGCUGCGGUGGCAGCCGCCGCAGCCGCAAACUACAACCUCCAGCAGCAGAUGGCGCCUGCGGCGUCGUUCUGCCAGCGUGUCUACCAGCAUAUGUACGCAAACCCCAUGAGCCUGCUGCCUGCUGCUGCACUGGGGGGGGGUGGAGUCAAUAAGAAGAGCGGCAACGUGUCCUGUUAUAACUGUGGUGUGAACGGCCACUACGCUCAGGACUGCAACCAACCCUCCAUAGACUCCACGCAGCAAGGUGGCUUCCGGUUAAAGUACGCAGCCUCCCACAUUUCAGAAGCACUUGACAAUGCCGACUGAAGAAGAAGAAGGAGAAGAAGAAGAAAGGAGGAAGAGGAGUCUCUGGUUUCUUCCUCUGGUCUCGCCUGUUCUCCCCCAGGCACCGUGUGUGUGAGCAGUGCCCUGGAGCUUCUGUGUACUUCACACCCCACCCCACAUUCUCCAAAAGAAAGUGACCUGCCAAGGGCUCCGCUCCGUGGACAAAGCCCAGCUACUUGUGCCUGAGAAAAUGUUGUUCCCAUGGAGAUGAUUCACUGUCUCGUGCACGCCACCGGCCCACGUGACUCCCGGUCCCUUCCUUUUUAGUUUGUCUUUGAUAUUUUUGCACUGAGGGUUGGAAAUGGUUAACUUAUUACUUAAUUAUUUGGAAUUUUGAGGAUUUUUUUUUUUUUUUUUUGUGUGUGUUUUUACGUUAAGUUGGAGAAAAAGGUUCUUAUAAACUUAUUUCUAAAGCAGCGCAUUUCUGCUUUCUCCUCAAUAUUACUGUUCAGCUAGGAUUUUAUUUGUCGGACAAAAUUGUACAGCAGUUUAAAAAAAAAUUAAUAAUCAGAAAAGGAAUGUCGGCAAGAUGGAUUAUAUUGUUUGUUUUCAUUUUCAAUUUUGCUGUACGGUUUUUGAAUGUGUACACCUUCUCAUUCAGAGGAGCAGUGUGUAGGAUUUAGUGGCAUCUAUCAGUGAGGUUGCAGAUGGCAACAAAUAGGAACCCCCUUUCCUCACCCCUCCCGUUCCAAGUGUGUAGCAGCACCCACGGGAGAAAGCGUGACAGGCCCUUUCAAGAGCCAGCGUAAGUCCGUUCUGGGUUACUGUAGAAACAUGGCCCCCAUAUAUAGAUAUGAAGGAAUCAUUCUAAGCUAACAAGAACAUCGGUAGUUAGUAAACCUCAUUAUGAAUAUUAUAUUCCAUUUCUCCCAAUGCAUCCCCCUAAAUCCUACACACUGGCCCUGUAAGAACCUGACCGUAUCACAGUGUACGUCUGUAGUGCAUUUUUGCUGCUUGAUACACGUUGUGGUUGGAAGAUAAUUUCUGCUUUAUGAAGUGUUUUUUUUAUUAUUAUUAUUUUCAUUUUUAAAAUGGUUUUAUUUGGUGAAAUGCACUAUAGCGAAGCAGGAACGCAAGUGCAAACAGUCGGCACCACAUCCAAGCAGAUGUAGCCUAGGGAUUUAUUUAUUCCUUUUCACUCUCACAAAAUUAACAUGAAACCGUUAAUAAUCAGCAUAGACAGCAUUUGGACUGUUUUUAGUGUAGUUUUAAUAUUUCAGGUGUGAAACCGAUUUCUAAGAGAGAGAGAUUCCUGUGUUCUAUAUCAAACUCCACAUACUGUAGACCAACAACAGAAGAGAAGACCAGUCUGCCACCACCCAACAGUCGGACCACGUCUCUCUCCAAGACCUUUUUGUUCAGUCACGAGCUGUUUUAGUAGAGAAGUGUCAGCUGUCAAGGUACAAUUCUGCAGAGGGUGGAGCCAAACUACGUAUAGAUUGAGUCAUCGAGACAUUUCUAUAGAAAAACUAAAAAACAACCACUACUUACCUACCAAAUCUAUUUGUUUGGACUUUAAUGCCAGUAUUGUCAGCCUCGUCGUGAGUUCACUGUUCCCAGCUGGUUCCGUUCUGAGCCUGUGUAAGAGCAGGAUGACGCUAAAACACCGAGGUGGGCAAUGACGGCCUCCUUCUGUGCUUGCUCGUUGACUAAAUGAAUCUGAAAUAUUUUACGGGUUUUGAUUUUUCCACAAAACGGCUGAUAACUGAGAUCCGUAUUCGUGGAUCAGGACUUGAACACCUAGAAAACAGCGUGUACAGUGUACUGCCUAAUGGGAUUCUCUCUGAUGGCUUUCAAAAAGGGUUUUGGGAAACCUUUGAAAUAAUGAACGUGAGGCAGCGUGAGCCCCAAAGCGUAUAGUAUUAAAUAAGUAAUUACAUUAACACGGUCAAAUAAUUGAACAAACUAAAUUAAAGUUCAACUCACUGAAAUGUCAUCAUUUUUGGUUUUAUAGUGACUUUUUUUAUUUGAUAAUAGAAUUGUGUAACCCCCAUGGCAACCGCCCUCUUACUAGUGAUGGUCAAAUGAAUCUUCGCGAACCACUGUCUUUACUUUCUGAGCUCACUAGAUGGCGCUCUCUGUUCAACAAAGGGUUGAAAACACAACCUUUUUAUUUGAACAGAGAGCGCCAUCUAGUGAGCGGAGUAAAUAAAGACAGUGGUUCGCGAAGCUUUAUUUGACCAUCACUACCUCUCACCUUAGCCAAUCACGUGCCCCCUGCCUCUUAAACUAGCAAGCUUAACAGCUCCACAACGACCAGAUUUAGCUAGUUAGAGCAAAAGAAGUGGCGUUAAAGGAGUGUCAUUUAAAAUAAAAUAAAAAGGCAUGUUCAUAUUGAAGUACAAUUUCAUAAUGACAUGGUUGGUUUAUAUAUUUUACACAAUUUAUUCACAUUGAUUUAUUUGAGGUUUUUCAUGUAUUUAAUAUUCAACACUUUAAGGUUCCAUAUGAGAAAGUGGGAAUAAGGAGUUAACAGUUCUCACGUUACAAAAUCAUUGAGAUCAGAUAACAUUGAACAUCUCGUGGCCUGUUGAUAGUGAAGUGUACAUUACGGGCGUCUGUAGGCGUCUUCUGUCCAGUCUCUGAAGAUAAGACAAAAAUAUGUUGGAUUUUGGUUUUACGCCAUCGAUAUCCUGGCAGGAUGCCACUUCUCAGUGACGCACUCACUUGUUUAUUCUAGUCUCUCCAAGUUAAUGUGGUAUUUCAUGAUUUCCCUCAGCAUCGUUGUGUCCAAGCUGUGGUGUUCCUGGUCAGAGGGUAUUUUGUGUGUGUAUGUGUGUGUCCUUGCUCUUAAGUCGUUUUCAGGGCUUAGUGGAUGCUCUGCUUUUGUUUUUGUCUGCCGUCACUGCUCAACCUACUGUCAGUGCAUUAGUUGAAUUAAAGUCUAUGCAUACACACUUAUUUUCCUGAAUGGAUAAAGUGACGGUCAGGAGAAUUUGAGAUAUUGACACACACCACCAAACACACUGCUGUUAGAUCAGACUGUCUCUAGUUUCAAUUGAACCGUUAUUAAUGUCCCAAACGGUUUCCCAGUGUUCUUCCUUUCAUUCGAGACUUGAAGUGGAUCAGAAGAUCCUGCAGAGUUCUGGAUCCAGUGAUCACAAGCAGUGAGCAGAUGUGUCCAGUGUAUAUACUGAGGAUGCACCAAACAACCCAAGUGUAGUUGUGUUGGCCUUGAAAAUGCAUGAAUGAAAAAUGCUGUGGUGUACAUUUGCGAGGUCUGCUGCCACCCUCAGUUGUAAUGUUUACUGUACUCUUUGAUAUCUAUGUACUGGAAAGGUCAAAUAUAUUUCUAGAGCGAAAUUUGGAUUUUAUGCAAAUUGUUGAUCUGUUUUUUUCCCCCUUUAAUUAAAAGCAAUAAAUCUAAAAAUAGAAAGUGAA